AUGGUGAUUGCAAUCGCGUCCCUGGUCAUCGACACCAUCGAGGAGCACUUGGGCCACGGCAAGACUCUGCCAGGCAUUGCGGAUGAGCUGUCCAAGGCCUUCGAGCAUUACAAGAAGUUCUGCAAACGAAACAAAAUGCCUGCAUGCUCCUUCCGGUUCAGCUUGGCCAAGUUUAACAGGAAACAGUACACGAACCUCCCGGUGCUUGCGUCAUGCUACAAGGCCAACGUUGUCAAAGGCAUGGUUUACUGGGUUGCCGACUACUUGAAUACGUUCAAAGACAGCCAGCUUGACAAGCAGCGUGCCUGCUGCGGCUAUGCGUUGGCUAGGUUUCAGAGCAUUUGUGACAGUGCCUUUGCUGCACACUAA